AGCAAUUUUUAGCACAAGUCAGCAGUAUCUUUGUUAAUCGAAAAAAGCUUCAUGUCGCACGUCAGCAGCAACAGUCUCAUGUCAUCGCAAAAGCGCGAUCGUAUGAAAGUAAUUAGUGAUGGGGCAGUGUGCCAGUUUGGAUGACUUAUUCCCUCCGUUGCGCUAUGCAAUUCCUUGCAACGCAACAUUUUGCACCUCGACUUUCUCAUUGAUUUUUCUUCAUCACUGACACAUCGCACCAUCACUAAUUAACUUUCAUACCUCGUCCUUCUCCGUCUCUCGGCAAGCGGCAUUCCGUCGAGCCUCAGUCGUAGGGUAUCGGCUCGCUCCCUCCGUUCCGUCGCAAUUGGCAGGAAUGCCGCAAGAGAAGAAUCAAACGAGAACAAAAAUCUUCAUGUCAAACCACUUCGAAAAGUAGUCGCGGCUUCAAAUCGGGUUUAGAAGAAAGAGUAGUGGG